CUGGUGGCGGCUGGCGGCGGCGCGGGGCCCGCAGCGGGCCGAGGCCGACAGGCCCGGGGCAGCUGGUGACCUGCUAGGAUGGCAGUGCUGGGGGGCUACUGUGAGGGCAACAGCUCCAUUGCCCAGGCCUGGGUCCAGCAGGGCUUCCAGCCCUGCUUCUUCUUCACACUGGUACCAACCGUGCUGCUGAGCAUCUGCCUGCUGCUGGGUGCCCUGCAGUACGCCUGCUACGUCCGCUUCGGCCGUGCCAUGGAGCCCAAGUACAUCCCCCGCUCCCGCCUCUACCACAGCCAGGUCCUGUUGUCCCUGCUUCUGGCUCUGCAGCCCUUUGGGGGGCUGCUGUGGCAAGCAGUGGGGCCAGGACGGCUCUACGGGUACAUGCUGCUGCACGCCUGCCUCUGGGCUCUCAGCUGGGGCUGCACCAUCGCCCUCCUGCAGCUGGAGCACACACGGGUGCUGGCACACGACCGAAUACGGGGCCAUGGCACCAUCCUCCUCCUUUUCUGGGCCCUGGCCUUUGCUGCUGAGAACCUCACCCUGGUGUGCUGGAGGAGCCCACUAUGGUGGUGGGCACUGGAGAACACCAACCAGAAGGUGCAGUUUGGCUUCUGGCUGCUGCGUUACGUAUGCACAUUCAUGCUCUUCACCCUGGGCAUGAAAGCCCCGGGACUGCCCCACAAGCCCUACAUGCUGCUGGUCAAUGAGGAGGAACGAGAUGUGGAGAACAGCCAGCCGCUCCUGUCCGAGGGCAGCAGAACCUCUUCCACCUGGAAGGAUUUCUGGAGGAAGCUGCGACUGCUGGUGCCAUACAUGUGGCCGAGGGGCAAUCACCGGCUGCAGGGACUGGUGCUGUUCUGCAUGGCACUCAUGGGGCUGGAGCGGGCCAUCAAUGUCUUCGUCCCCAUCUACUACAAGAACAUUGUGAAUGAGCUGACAGAAGGUGCUCCCUGGCAUACCCUGGCCUGGACUGUCUGCACCUACGUGGGGCUAAAGUUCCUGCAGGGCGGAGGUGCUGGCUCCACUGGCUUCGUGAGCAACCUGCGCACCUUCCUGUGGGUGUGGGUGCAGCAGUUCACCAACCGGCAGGUGCAGGUCCAGCUCUUUGCCCACCUGCAUGGGCUGUCCCUGCGCUGGCACCUGGGCCGGCGCACUGGUGAGGUCCUGCGCAGCGUGGACCGUGGCACCAGCAGCAUCAACAGCCUGCUCAGCUACAUCGUCUUCAGCAUUGUCCCCACCAUUGUGGACAUUGUCGUCAGCAUCAUUUACUUCACCUCGGUUUUCAGUGCCUGGUUUGGCCUCAUCAUCUUCGUGUGUAUGAGCCUCUACCUGACUCUGACUAUCUUCAUCAGCGAAUGGAGGACCAAGUACCGGCGGGACAUGAACACACGGGACAAUGAGGCCAAGUCCCGGGCUGUGGACUCACUCCUCAAUUUUGAGACGGUGAAGUACUACAAUGCGGAGAGCUAUGAGGUGAACCGCUUCAAUGAUGCCAUCGUCAAGUACCAGCUCUCAGAGUGGAAGGUCAGUGCCUCGCUGGGCCUCCUCAACCAGACCCAGAACCUGGUCAUCGGCAUGGGGCUGCUGGCAGGGUCCCUGCUCUGUGCCUACUUUGUCACUGAAAACAAGCUGCAGGUGGGGGACUUUGUCCUCUUUGGCACCUACAUCAUUCAGCUCUACACACCACUCAACUGGUUCGGGACUUACUACAGGAUGAUCCAGAGCUCCUUUGUGGACAUGGAGAACAUGUUUGAGCUCUUUGAUGAGGUGCAGGAGGUGGGUGCCACCUUCCUGGACCCCACUUCCUGGCACGGCCCCAUGGUCCUCCCCUGGGGACAGGCUUGCUCUGAGGCCAUGUCUCUCCUCCGGAAGGAAAUCCUGCAGGACGUCUCCUUCUCUGUGAUGCCUGGGCAGACCCUGGCCUUGGUGGGACCUUCAGGCUCAGGGAAGAGCACCAUCAUCCGCCUGCUCUUCCGCUUCUACGAUGUGCGGGGUGGCUGCAUCCGCAUUGAUGGGCAGGACAUCUCCCAGGUGAAGCAGGCGUCACUGCGUGCUCACAUCGGGGUGGUGCCCCAGGACACGGUGCUCUUCAAUGACACCAUUGCCAACAACAUCCGCUACGGACGGAUCCUGGCCACUGACCAGGAGGUGCAGGAGGCAGCCCGGGCUGCUGACAUCCACGACCACAUCGUUUCCUUCCCUGAUGGAUACAGCACCCAGGUGGGAGAGCGGGGGUUGAAGCUGAGUGGGGGAGAGAAGCAGCGUGUGGCCAUCGCACGCACCAUCUUGAAGGGUCCCCAAAUCAUCCUACUGGAUGAGGCCACGUCUGCGCUGGACACAGAGACCGAGAGGAACAUCCAAGCCUCCCUGGCCAAGGUCUGCGCCCACCGCACCACCAUUGUUGUUGCACACAGGCUCUCCACUGUGGUGGGUGCAGACCAGAUCCUCGUGCUCAAGGAUGGGCGCAUCGCAGAGCGAGGGAGGCACGAGGAGCUGCUGCAGAAGGGUGGUGUGUAUGCUGGCAUGUGGCUGCAGCAGCAGGCCAGAAGUGAGGGCGAUAGCAAGGAGUGCCGCACUGAGAAGCCCACAGGCAGCAAGAAGGGGCCGUGAGCAUGGUCAGGGGCUCUGAUGUGACUCUCAUCCGGGCCCAGGCCCCCACGCUGCCAGGAGCCCGUUGCUGGCUGCAUGCUGGCGCCUCGUGUGCCCCAGAGCUGCAGGGGCUGGGUUGGACACUCCAGUACGUUUGUACCUGUUUGCUUUGCUGUUGUGUAGUUUCUUAAACCAGGUCCUUCCCA